CCCAUAUGUAUGUGCCGCUGCCGGGUGGUGUCAUGAACUAUCCCAUACUCUUCUCGUGUGACCUUUUGCCUCCCAGAGUUACCAGACUUUGGCAGAAUUUUAUCAGUAUACCCCAAUUUGUUUUGACGUUUGUCUUUUUUUGCAAUGCCUUCUCAAAUUCCACAAUGGCGAGAGCCAAUUGCCAUUGUGAGCAUGGCUUGCCGUCUCCCAGGUGGAAUCGACAAGCCGCUUGAUCUGUGGGACCAUGUCCGAGCAGGCCGGUCGUCUGCUACAGCGAUACCCAAAGAUCGAUUCAAUGCUGAGAACUUCUUGUCUAUGGAUCCUAAUCAGAAGGGGGAGCAGGCCUUUAGGGGCGCUCACUUCGUCAAGAGGGACAUUAAGCAGUUUGAUCACAAGUUCUUUGGGAUCAGCAAAGACACUGCAACAGCUAUGGAUCCCCAGCAGAAACAGCUCCUUGAGGUUGUCUAUGAGUGUCUCGAGUCAGCCAAUAUCUCUAUGGAGACCAUUUCAAAGUCCAAGAUUGGCUGCUAUUGCGCCAUGUUCGUGAGUGACUACCACGACAUGCUCAUGCAAGACCCUGAAUACCUCCCAACGUUCAUCGCCAUUGGAACAACACGAACCAUGCUUGCAAACCGCAUCAGUCAUGCACUCGACCUCGGUGGACCCAGUGUCACUAUUGAUACUGCCUGUUCGGGUGCCCUGGUGGCCCUUCAUCUUGCCUGCCAAGCACUGCAGGCUGGUGAGUGCGACGGCGCAGUAAUUGGUGCAUCGAAUUUGUUCCUGAGUCCUGAUUAUGCAUUGUCUUUGACGCGUCUCGGAGCUAUUGCGGCGGAUGGGCAGUGUAAGACGUUUGAUGCUAGUGCAAAUGGAUAUGGACGUGGUGAGGGUACCAAUGCAGUCUAUGUCAAGAGGCUCAGCGAUGCUCUCAGAGAUGGUGACAGCAUUCGAGCAGUUAUCAGGGGUACAUCAUCUAACAGUUCUGGUGCUACUCCAGCCAUCACGGAGCCCUCGGGGCGGGCUCAGGCAGACACCAUCUUACAGGCCUAUGCCCAAGCAGGAAUCAAUGACUUUAGCGAGACGGGAUACUUUGAGUGUCAUGGAACAGGUACUCCCGUCGGUGAUUGCAUAGAACUAGGCGCCGUUGGUUCGGUCUUUUCCGAAAGCCACAAAACCCAGGAUGCACUCUGGGUCGGUUCUACGAAACCUAAUGUCGGACAUUCAGAGGCUGCCAGUGGUUUGAGCAGUCUCAUCAAAGUGGUCUUGGCUCUAGAAAAGGGCGAGAUCCCCCCCAACACAAAUUACAAGACACCCAACCCCAAGAUUGACUUUGAUGGAUGGAGAGUCCGUGUUCCAACCGCUCCGCAGCCAUGGCCUUCCAAGUCCAUCCGCCGGGCGAGCGUAAACUCCCUCGGUAUAGGUGGAUCUACUGCCCAUGCUGUUGUUGAGUUCUAUGAGCCUCCUCAAUUGACCAAUGGUACAACCAAUGGUACAAAUGGAGUCAAUGGCGUUAACGGUACGAACGGUGUCAACGGCCAUCACGAAGAUGGGGAGAAGACCAACGGCCCGUACUUCCUCCUCUUCACCUCCGGCGCUUCAAAGAGCUCUCGAGAAACCAACGAGCAGAAUCUCCUCGAGUUCCUGAAGUCUCAUGAGGAGUGCAAGAGUCUGACUAGCCCUCUCGUCAAAGCGCUCAACGCUCGAAGCCAGAUCAAUAUCCGGCCCUGGAAGUCAUUUGCUGUCGCUCAGUCCGUUGACGGUCUAAUGCAACAACUGGAAACCAAUGCACUCAAGGUUGGAACAGGCCCUACAAGUGGCGGAUCACCACGAGUCUUGUUCCUAUUUACAGGCCAAGGAGCUAUGUGGUCGCAGAUGGGCAAGCGUCUUCUUGAUGCAUUCCCUGUGGCGCGCAACAGUUUGUACAAUCUCGAGGAGGUUGUACGGGAGCUUCACUCAUCCAAGACACCGACUUGGUCGUUGAUAGACAAGCUCACUGCUGAGCUUUCUCAAGAAGAAAUUGACUCACCAGCUCUCGCGCAUCCCCUCUCCAUGGCGGUUCAGAUCGCGCUGACAGACGUUCUCUCAAGUUGGGGCGUCCUUCCAGACGGUGUCGUUGGACACUCAGGCGGAGAGACAGCAGCUGCCUAUGCUUGUGGUGCCCUCACAGCCAAGGAAGCUAUCACAGUGGCUUACUACCGAGGUAUCGCCUGUCAGAACGCUCCAUCGGGUGCCAUGCUAGCCACCAGGAGCGCACCCAAUGCUAAGGUGCUGCAAGAUGCUUUGGAGCGAAACGAUGUGCAGAUUGCUUGCUUCAACGGUCCUCAGAACCUUACCCUCGCUGGAUCUGCUGAGGGAGUCAAGAACGUGGCUGCUGAGCUGAGUGCUCAUAACAUUGUCUCAAGAGCUGUUGCAGUUACUCGAGCUUAUCACACUCGCGCCAUGAAGACUGUUGUGGAUGAGUACGUUGGUCAGCUCAAGGGCGUCAUACAACCCAAGGCUGGACGAGUUCCUAUGUACUCAUCUGUGACUGGCCUUGAGCUCAAGGGUACUGAGGCUGACGCCGACUACUGGGGAGCCAACCUCGUCUCCCCAGUUCUUUACACCGAUGCAGUCACCCUGGCUUUGACCUCAUCAGACCGCAAGUUUGAUCUUUGCGUUGAACUCGGACCUCACUCUCUACUUUCUCGCCCAACAUCCGAGAUAGUCAAGUCCCUUCCUGAUUCACCCCAACUUCCAUUCUUCGCCACAAUGCUCCGAAACGCAGACUCGAGCCAACAGCUUAUGAGCCUAGCUGGAGACUUGGUUCUCAAUGGGAAGCAGCUGGACUUGGAUCAAGUCAACAAGGUCGCGGGCAAGGUUGGACGUCUUCCCAAUCACAUUCAAGACAACCUUCCAGCUUAUGCAUGGGACUAUUCCUCGACACCUUGGACCGAGCCACGAAAUAGUCAAGAAUGGCGGUUUAGAAAAUCGCCGCGACAUGAGAUUUUAGGAUCGCGAUGCAGAGGAGUCAAUCCUUCAGCUCCGACUUGGAGGAACAAGGUGUCGAUUGAAGAUGCACCUUGGCUUGUUGAUCAUCAGGUUAACGGCAUCGUGACAUUCUCCUUCACAACCGGCAUCGCAAUGGUGGUCGAGGCUAUGAUGCAGGUACAGGAAGAGAACAAGGAGAUUGACUGGACAAACCAUUCAUUCGAGCUUCAAGACUUUGUGUUUUCCAACUCGAUCAUUCUUCCUGAUGAAUCGCACAUCGAUCUCUUCCUCACACUCAUCCCAGACAACGACAAUGCGAAGUCUGAGGAGACGUGGUAUGAUUUUACCAUCUCGUCGCUGAGAGGCGAUGUCGAUAUCCGUCAUUGCCACGGUAGAGCUGCGGUCCUCGAAACGGGCAAAGAUACUGUCGCCCUCCGCCGCAGAACCUCUUGGCAUCACAUGCCCCUCAAAGUCCCACUGAAGAGCUACUACAAGACUCUUGAGCGAGUUGGCUACGGCUACGGCCCCAAGUUCCAGCUUCUCAAUGAAGUCCGAGUCCGCCCUAGUCUCUCCGCUUGCUCUGCCAAGAUUGACAUGACAUCCACUGCCCAAUCUCCCGUUCCCGGCCAGCGAUAUCUCCUGCACCCCGCUAUGAUGGAUGCAGCGCUCCAAACACCUGCUUUGGCCAAUCGCUCCGGGCACUUUCAAGAGAUUGAUACACUACUUCUUCCAUCCAAGAUGAAGAGAAUCUCCAUUCGCAUGCCUGCUGGGAACACGGACGUAGCGUCUUGUACUACCAACACUUCGCCUGUUGGCUUUAGCAGGAUCCAAGGUAGUGUUGAGUGCUACGACUCGUUGUCGAGGCCUUUCUUCGUGGUAGAGGGUCUGCAGAUGGAUAGAGCGACAAGCGAUGACAACACCACUCUUCCCUGGCUGAGGCUCACGUGGAAGCCUGACAUUGGCGACAUCUCGAGCAGUGACCCCAUGCUCAGCUCCAUCAAGAUCCAGAGCCUUCCCGCAGAGAAGAAGCUCAUCAACCUCGAGAACCUAGUCAAGGAGCUCAUCCCACUCAUCGUUGAAAAUGGCAUCGACAAGGGCAAGGACCUACCCUCCCAUCUACUCAGCUACCAUUCAUGGUUCCUCGACCAAGCCGAACUCCACAAAGACCGCCUAGCAGCUCGCCACAAGCAACAAAACGGCUUCGCAACAGUCCAAGACGCCAUAAUGAACGUCGUCGCCAACUCGGGAAUCUCCCAAACCGUCGACGCAUCAAUAGUAUCCCAACUCGCCAUCAACAUGUCCAAAAUCUUCCGUGGCGACGUCGAAGCCCUAGCAGUAUGGCUCGAGAACGAUUUACUCUACCGUUUCUACGAAGAGAGUAUCUUCACCACCAGCAUGAACCAAAAACUCCUCUCCAUCGCUGAACUUUUGGCCCACAAGAAUCCCAACAUGAAGAUCUUGGAGAUUGGUGCUGGAACUGGUGGUGCAACUACAGAGUUGCUGCGUGGUUUUGCCAAAGCAGGAGGGAAGAAUGCGUACCAGAGUUUUACGUUUACGGAUAUCUCGGCGGGGUUCUUUGAUAAGGCGAAGAAGAAGUUUGCGCAGUGGGAUAGGAUUGAGUUCAAGACUUUGGAUGUUGAGAAGGAUAUUGCUGAGCAGGGGUUUACUGAGAAGUACGACCUUGUUGUUGCGGCGAAUGUUCUGCAUGCCACUGCCGAUCUGCCAUUUGCGAUGAAGAACAUCCGAUCUCUAUUGCGGGACGAUGGAUACCUCUUGGUUGGUGAACUGUCAGAGGAUCUGACUUCAGCCAACUUCCUCUGGGGCCCUUUGACUGGCUGGUGGCUCCGCACUCGAUCACCCGGCCGCUCUGGUCCUGGUCUUACUCUCGACGAGUGGCGCAACGAGCUCGCCGCCGACUUCGACAGCGUCUACGAGAUUGAGGCCAAGCACGACAAGACCGACACGGACCAACUCUCGAGCACCAUCGUCAUGAUGGCUCGAGCAAAGCCCAUUGAGUAUACUCCUCCUAAGCCGCUUUCCGAAGAGAAGGUACACAUCGCUGGCGUGGGUAGCGAUCUGUCCACUCGAGACCACCUUCAGAAGUAUCUCGGCACGCGUGGUAUUUCCUCAACCUCAGGAGUUCUCGAAGACCUUGCUUCGCGGGAAUGGUCCGGCGAGUGGCUUAUCCUCGUUGACGAGACUGAAGGAAGUUUCCUCGCCUCUCUCCAACAGGAGCAAUUGACCGCAAUGAAGUCGUGGCUUACAAAGCCUAUCAAGUGUAUCUGGGUCACUCGCAAAGUAUACCUCGACCCCCAGAACACAACAGGAGGUCUAGUAACAGGAUUCGCACGAACUCUUCGCGGCGAAAAUAGCCAAUGCCGAUUGUACACUCUUGACCUGAGCAGCGAUGGCGAUAUCACAGCCAACAUCAUCUACCACGUCUUGGAACGGGCGCAUUACUCUCAUGAUGACCCAAUCUCUAAAUUGGACUAUGAGAUUGCUGAGAAGGAUGGGCAGCUGUGGACAUGCCGGCUUGUUAAUGAUACUCCGCUUGAGAAUGCUUAUGGCCCUGCUAGAAAGAUGGAUGCCUCCUCCACGCAGCUGGUGAAGGCUCCUCAUCACUUGGUCAUGGGAGAGGUUGGUAUCUUGGAGAGUCUGACCAUGGCCCAAGACGAUGCGUACUCAAGCAUUCCAGACGGACAUGUUCUCGUCGAUGUCAAGGCUGUCGGACUUGACGAACGGGACGGGUACAUCGCACAGGGAUCACUUCCAGCGACGUCGUUCGGCCGUGAGUGUUCCGGCGUCGUUACCAAGUGCGGUGCCAAUGUCGCCUGGCUUAACCCUGGAGAUCGCGUCGCGGUCAUCGGCCAAGGGACUUUCACAACCCAGUACUUGGCACCGUCAGACUGUUGCGGGAAGAUACCAGACUGGCUUUCAUUCGAGGAUGCGGCAGCCAUUCCUACAAACUUCGUCACUGCUCUGUACGCUCUGACAACACCAGCCAGAGUAACAACAGGCCAGAAAAUCCUCAUCAUCAACGCAUCUUCCCCCCAAGGCAUCGCCCUCAUCAAAACCGCAACAGCACUCAAACUCGACGUCUAUGCCGCCAUCAGCGACGCAACCACGAAGCCUAUCCUCACCAGACUCGGUCUUCAUUCUGCCAAGAUCUUUGUGAACCCCACCAACACGAGCCGCUCCAGCGUGUCUCGCUCCACGACUUUCUCAGCGUAUAAGAUUGUAUUGAACACUAAGGCUGGUCAAUAUACGGACUUUGCGCACUUGAUUGCGAACCGUGGAACGUACAUUGAGAUUGCAUCGGGUGAGAGCUCGGGUGAUGAGGUUUUUGUGCCGUAUAAGAAUAUCAUGUUUGCGUCUGUUGAUUUGGCGGAUGCUUAUCUGGAAAGCAAGCAGGAUCUUGGAGAAUUGCUUGGCCAAGUCAUCGACAUGGUUGAGAAGCGAGAGAUCGAUAUUGACAGUUCAGUCUCGGUGAAGGGACUUGACUCUAUACAGUCGGCUUUUGCUGCAGUGAUGGAAGGAACUCAGAGCAAACAGGUUGUGUCGCUCACGAAUGUCGACGAUCAACAAUUGAUCAAGACACGACCAAAGACUUCUCGCUUCAACCCCCACAAGACCUACAUCAUCACAGGUGGUCUCGGUGGUCUAGGCCGCGCCAUUUCCGUAUGGAUGGCUAGCUACGGCGCUCGCCACAUCAUUCUGGCAACCAGCUCUGUCGCCCGAGCCUCAGAGUCCGGCGAUCUUCUCCAGCAGCUGUCAUCAUAUGGAUGUAACGCCAGAGUUGAAGUAUGUGACGUUGGUGACUCCGAAGCUGUCGAGAGCCUUAUUGCUUCUAUUGAUACUCCUAUUGGUGGAGUCAUUCACUCUGCGCUGAAGCUUAGCGACUGCUUCUUUGAGGAUAUCACCCUAGAAGACUUUGAUGCUGUCUUUGGUCCCAAGGUCAACGGCUCGCUGAACCUUCACAACAGCCUUCUCAACCAAGACCUCGACUUCUUCGUCAUGCUCAGUUCAGGCUGCGGUGUCCUUGGUAACGAAGGUCAAUCCAACUACGCAGCAAGCAGUACCUUCCUCGACACCUUUGCUCGCUACCGUCAAAGUCUUGGCCUCCCCGCCUCAUCCAUUGAUCUCGGAUUCGUCGAAGACGUCGGUAACAUCAGCGAACGUCCCGAGAUCCAAGCAUCCCUCUUAUCCCGCGGUCUCAGACCCAUCACAGUCCGCGAUGUCCUCCGCGUUGUCGAGGGUGCCAUCGCAACAGGUUCACCCAAGGAUCCCAUUAGCGACUCUACCUACGAUGGUUUCACCCAAAGCCAGAUCGUUCUCAGCUUCGGUAUGAUCGACAAAGCCACAGCAGACUACCAAUCCUGGGCUCAAGACUCCAAGUUCGGCCUUUUGCGAUCUCGCGCCGUUGAUAACGCUGCGCUUGACUCCGAUGCAGACAGCAGCGAGAGCGCGGUUCAAACAGCUGUCAAGGCCUUCCGCAAUACUCUGGGUAGAUUGGGUGAUGCACCUGAAGGCAAAGAAGCAGCGUUACAGCCCUUUGUUUGCACUGCUCUUGUUGCUAAGUUGGCUCAAGUGCUGUCGAUUCAGGGUGGCGAUAUUCAGCGUUCGAGAUCGGCGAUUCAAUAUGGGAUGGACUCGCUUAUUGCGAUUGAGGUUCGAUCUUGGGCGCGAUAUGCGUUCCAGAUUGAUUUGCCGAUUAAUGAUUUGACGAACCCGUAUAGUAUUCAGGAUUUGUCGGCUAGGGUUUCCAAAAUUAUCGUUGCAUGAACAUGAUUUUUUAGCGCUUGGGUAUACCACAGAUUGGGGUGGCUCUUGUCUUUUCGUUUUUCCUUGUUUGAUGUUUCCUUAUAGGCGUUUUCGUUUGUUAUAGCUUCGCGAUAUUUAUGGCAGGUCAAUCGAACACGUUCUUUGCCUCUGAAUUCCAUGCUUCCCGCAUAGCUGUAUUCAUCUAUAUAUAGUCCGUUAUAGGAUAUCUCCCCCUCGUUAUAAUCACGCCAGAGACCAACUCUCGCAGCCUGCGAGCCAAAGACAAUGCUAUACAACACCAGAAAUAUGCAAUUCAGUCCCAUCAGAGGGUCUAGUCUAAAGACUUGAUAUUCCGUAGCCCAGCACGAUGUACUUCCUCAC